GCCGUUCAGCCAUCGUUGCCAGGUUGGGCGGGAAAUCUAGCCCAAUCUGGCAACACUGAACACGUCGUUGGGGACGAAACAUAUAACAGCCCACAACCCGCUUCGCGGCACUUGUUUAUCCUCUGUCGCAAUAACGAACCAUCCUACAGGUAUUUUCUCAGCAACGGGCGUACAUUAAGAAAGCACACUAAAGAACACGGGGAGGGGAUGUGUGUGACAUUUUGACUGAGCGCGUUUUUAACUGCCGCUUGAUCGAUUAUCGUCCCUAAAUCAAACUUCAUCGAUCGCGAUGGCUACCGAAUGCACCCGGGACGCGAUCCAAAGCUUCCUCACGGAGAGGGGGGGCCGGGUCCCGCACGCCGAUCUGACGCAUCACUUCCGGCGGGCCUUCCCGGAGGACGACCCCCCGCUGAGGACCGCGCUCCGCGAGACCUUCAAGACCCACGUGGACGCCGUCGCGUGCGUCAGGGUGGAGGACGGCGUGCGGCUCGUGUGCCUAAAGAAGCGCUACAUGCGCCUGGUGACGCCGCACGUUGCAGCGGUCGUGGAGGCUGACCCGCGCGUCGCUGUUGGCAACGGGGCAGGGACGACGCGCGCGGAGCCGGCUGACCGACGCGCGCGCAGAGACGGAGAUGGAGACAGGGAGACAAGUCCUUCUGUGCGCGCGAACAGCACGACACAGCCUGGCUCGGAUUACGGAAAUGACAGCCAGGUGAGAGCGAGCGCACCGCCCGUUCCUUAUGUACACAUCUCAUCCGAGAAAACUCCCGGGUCUCCAAGCACCGCGGACACGCACGGGGAGAACGACAUGGGGAACCGGUGGACUUCAAACGGCGGGAAGACUUUAUCGAUUGAGAGGUGCGCGCCGAGGAUCGCCGUGAUUGACGACUCACCGCUCCCGGUGGCGGGCGAAGGCUCCGUGUUCGUCCUACCGGGAAGCGCGCCCGGUUCCGCGUCUCAAGAUACGCUUAGGCACUCCUUAGCGACGGCAGAAGAAUCACAACAAGUCACUUCGGUUGACGAGGACGUGUUUGGACUUGAUGACGGCGGCGGCCAAGUGGAUUCUCCCGACUUCGCGACGAACCGCUCGCCGCAGGCGCUGCGCUCCAUGUCGCAGCGCAACGCGUCUUUCAGCUCGACGCGGCGUGGCGACGCGGACAGCGACGCCGCAUCGCCUGCGUCGUCGAACGCGGACACGGAUACGGACGACGGUUCCUCCUCCGUGGCGGCGCUUGACCCGCUGGAGCACGAGUGGAUGAUGUGCGCUUCGGACGGCGAGUGGGAGCGCCUAGUGGCUCUGCUGACCGGCGAACCGUCGCUCGUCCUGCGCAAGGACUUCGUCACCGGCUUCAAUCUCCUUCACUGGGCUGCCAAACGGGGCGACCCGGAGCUGCUCGCGUUGGCGGUGAACUUCGCCAAGCGUCGCGGCGUGCCCGUGGACAUCAACACGCGGUCCAGCUGCGGCUACACGCCGCUACACCUGGCGGCUAUGCACGGCCACCUUGAGGUAGUGAAGCUUCUCGUCGGGGCGUACGACGCGGACGUGGAGGUGCGGGACUACGGCGGCAAGAAGGCGGCGCAGUACCUUGCGAACGGCGCCGCCCUGGACAUACGUGAUAUUAUCGGCGCGUUUGACGACGGCGGGGAAGAGGAUGCAGUCGAUGGCCGGGAGGAAGGUGCUCGCUGGAGCUUCCUGCCGCACCUGAGGCCCCUGCGGAUGCCUGGCGAAGGGGAGACCGGGGCCCGGGCGAGGGUGAAGCCAUUGCGGAGGAUGUCGUCGCUGGGCCGUGUUAAACCGAGGCUCCAGAAACUACGGGACAGGACGUCACAGAUCGUCCACAGCGCUUCGUUUCGUGAGCUGGGCGUUGGCCCGGCCCGACCCAGGUCUGAGUACGUCCCUGGACCGGAACCGGCGCACUAAACAGUGGGGGAGUGGAUGGAUGGAAGGUUAUUCGGGGGGAAUUCGGGGUCGGAAUCAGUAAAGUACAAGCUCAGAGUGCAGGGUCUAACUCAGGGUCCUGAUCAGUCAAGUACUAGUACAAAGUGCAGAAUUGAAAUCAGUAAAGUUCCAGCUCAAAGUUCAGGAUUUAAAUCAGUAAAGAACAAGUUUCGAAAUCAGUGAAGUGCAAGCACAAAGCCCAGUCAUGAAAUCAAAGAACCACAGCUCAAGUGCGGUUCUUUUACAGAAAAUAGGCCAGAUUAUAAACAGCGUUUCCAGACACUGAUUAAUGUUUGUCUUGGAAGUUAACCUUGCUUGAUUCUGCGGUAUUAAGCACUGACUGAUUUGAUGGCAAAAAGCAGGUGGAGGGAGGGGAAAUUAGGUCAAAAUCAGGGUCGCAAUCAGUAAAGAUCCACAGCUCAGUGUUGUUCUUUUACAGAAGAUAGGCCCGAUUAUAAAAAGCAUUUCCAGACACUGAUUAAUCUGGCCUAGGACGAAAACCUGCUAUACGAUUCUUAAGUAUUAAGCACCUUUUUGAGUUUGACGUAUGGGCCACCUCACAGUAGUGAGGUCACUAAGCCUCUUAAUGUGCUCGGGGGGUGGGGGCAGGAAUGUCUUACUAUCCCUAAAAAGACUCUUGAAUGUCAGGCAAAGUAAAUCAUUGUUAGCCCCUGACAAAGACCCCUUUUCUGCUGCUUUUUGAUGCUGUUUUAGACUGGGUUUCUUAUGGGAUUUCCCGAUUUGGAUUCAAAAUGAACGCCACAAGUUUGUCAGGUUUCUGCUGGCUCCCCUGAGUCCAAAUUCUCCCAAGCAUGUGGAGGACUUUGAGCUACUUUGGCAAAGCCUCUUUCGCCUAAUCCACCGCCACAGAGUUCGACUGUACCAGGGCCAAGUAUGUGAACAUGGGAAGGGGGGAGGAGGAGGGAGAGGAGGAAGGGGGAGAAAGAUAGUUUACUUGUGCUCACUUUAAGAAAAGGUGUGGUCGUUCAGGGAUUAAACUGGUCGGACGUGCUGCGUCUUGUUGCUGGGAGGGGAAGCAAUGCCUGGAAUAUCUUCUUCUUGCGUCAACCUGAUGUUUGACCUGGUUACCGACCUUUUCUGAGUCCUGUUUGUCGAACUUUGAGUCGAUUUUACAAUUGAUUUGACGCACUCGUUAGGUAAUUGCUUUUAUUCGAAUUGCGCUCUUAAUUUAAAAACUUCUAGGAGUUUUUUUACUCCUUUUUACGCCUUGAUUUUUUUGUCGAUUUUAAAUUAACUUGUUUUUCUUUUGAUUGUAUUGCGCUCUUAAUUUGAAAACCUCUAGUUAAUUACUCGUAUUGACUUGUGCUCUUAAUUUGAAAACCUUGAAUGUGGUAUGGCUGCUUGGUGAUGGUUGCACUUUCCGCACUUUCUCGUCACUUUUUUGAAAUGGGCGAACAUAUAAUGCAUAACAUGAUACAGGGGAAUUAUAGUGUUACACAUGUGUUGUUUUUUUUGUGUUGACUUAUAUAGUGCACCUUUGCACAGCUUUUUUUUACACUAAAGGGGUUGUUUGCAUUGUGUUUACCGUUUGCAUUAGUUUUUCAUUACAUUUUGGGCGUUUUAGCAGACUAAAACCACAAUAUAUCUGUCAGUACAGUAGGGCUGUCAACGAAUAUUCGAAGUUCGAAUAUUCGUUCGAAAUGUAUCCAAAAACGCGAAUUAGAACGUGAAAAAUAAUAUUAGAAUGUGAAAAAACACUCCCGCGGUACAAGCGCCUCUAUCUGCUUUGUGAAUGAGCCUCUGUCUGUUCGCGAUGUCCCUCAUAAUAUUCUAAUCUGAAAAAACACUCCCGCGGUACAAGUGUAACAGACUAGUAUUAUGAAGAGCGAAUAUAUUUUAUCCCCUCGGGGUUUCCGUACUUGGAUAUAGGUAUUCCAGCUCUCACGCUGUGACUGGGUGACUUCUGAUAUAUACUAAGUAAACGAGACUAUUUUCCCUUCCACGCUUGUGUCAUUCUUGUCAUAUAAAUAUCUUAGUGCCAACGCUCGGUUACACAAGCGCCCAUCUGCUUUGUGAGUGAGCCUCUGUCUGUUUGCGAUGUCCCUCAUAAUAUUCGAAUGUGAAAAAACACUCCCGCGGUACAAGCGCCUAACUGCUUUGUGAAUGAGCCUCUGUCUGUUCGCGAUGUCCCUCGUUUUAAAGUAAGGAAAUGCCCAGCAGGAAGCCGCCGGAUAUAUAUAUAUCCCACUAAUUUGAACCAUGGUUUUGUCGCAUUAUUGACAUAUUGACGGCAACUGCGUAAAAUAGGCAACCAGAUAUUCGAAUAGUUCGAAUUCGUGAUUUUUUUCCAAACAAACAUUCAAAUGUAAUUUUUGAGCAAUUUUGACAGCCCUACAGUACAGUAAGGAUCAUGUUCAUAGAGCCAAGUGCCAAGCACUAACUAUCACUAGGUUAACCAAUUCCCUGUAUACAGCAAAGAUAGCUAGGAUAAGGUGCUACACAAUGCUAAGUACUAUAACUAAGUACGACAUACAAUAAGUGUAUACAUUAAGUGCCAGGACGUACAAACGUACAAUAAGUGUAGGAGGGGUGGGAGUGGUUGGCUAUGCAGAGUCUAGUGAACUCUGAACAAGUGAGUCUUAUUUGUUGUAGUUUUAAUGUUUAUAUCUUGUACCUAAGCACUAAAAACACUGUUAAUGGGUGUCUUUUGAAAAGCUAUGCAUAUUACGGAACCAUCAUUAUUUUACGCCAUACAUCUCAAGCUACACAUUAAGUUUUAAUCGUAGAUUUAUAGGUUGUACUGGUAACGGAUUUCAAAAGCAAUGCAUAUUAAGGAACCAUCAUUCCUUUAACAUGAGCUACAAGUUUUAUAGUAGAUUUAAAUCGUUGGCCUCAUAUACUGUACUGCUAAUUUAUUGAUUAAUGACAAUGAUGCAUAAAUAAUUAUAUUUAAGUCUAACCUGCACAUCUCUAGGGCUGGAUCCCAGUACGUGUGUUUGAUGUGUAUACUACUAUGCAAGUAUUGGUGGGGAGGGGCUCGUGGCCAUUUUGAAUGUUGAAUGAUGCCGUUAGCCGUAGAGCUAACAUAACUAACGAGACAGAUCUAACGUUGAACUGACUAAUAAACUCUGUCUACACGUUAUUCUGUGUGUGUUGUUGACUGCUUUCACACUGUUGAUCUCAUAUUAUAGGAGCCACAUUGAAGUUUUUUUAUGUUUUGAUUGACUCACUAAUUUCUCCAUCUUUCCCACCUGUGGUGAGUGCGCACCUGCAACAGGGGCUGAUUGUGCACCCUUUAAAUAGGUGAAGGAUACUUGCUUUGCAUCCUUAUUCUUUUUUAUAUUUUAUUUACAAUAAAUGAUGGCAAAGAAUGCCAAAAGCAACUCACUUGUACAGUAUACAAGAAGGCUCACCCAAGCGCUUUGCAUAUUUAGUUUAAAAAGGCCACAGCUAAAGAAGCAGAAAAACCCUCUGGUUUUAUAGGCAGUGCAUCAGCAGAGUCAUGUGGUCAUAUUGGGGCUGGAGACCAAGAGUGCACACUUUCAAUCUUCCCAGUAAAGGUUAAGGCAGCAACGGGCAGCAAGUCUUGCAGGUGUAUGCUCUCUUGGACCCAGGGUCUUCUGCCACAUUCUGCUCUGAGGAGCUCAUGACGCAUCUCAAUCUCAACGGAAGGAAAACACAAAUUCUUCUUCGCACAAUGAAUCCAGAAAAAUCGGUUCCCACUCAUGUUGUUUCAGGAAUUGAAGUGUCAGCAUUGGACAGCGAUAAAUUCUCACCUCUUCCGGACACUUUCACUCAAAAUGAAAUGCCAGUAACGACUAUCUACAUCCCCAGGCAGCAUGACUUAGCGCAAUGGGCAUAUUAAAGUUAAGUCAAAAUCCCCUCCAUCAGUCAAAGGUAAAGCUGUAGGGACCACUAUCCACCAGUCCCUAUCAUGGAAUCCGAAUAUCAGUCUUAUUUCCAAAGCCCAUCAGAGAUUAUACUUCCUCCGUCAGCUGAGGAAAUUUAGGGUAAAUCAGGCAGGCAUGACACAUUUUUAUCGUGCAGCCAUCGAAAGCGUGCUCACCUUCUCCAUCCUGGGCCCCGUUUCCCGAUAACGAUGGAUCUUCGCUCGUAAGAUCAUUCUCCCGAUGGAUCUUUCGAACCAUCGAUAAUUUCUUUGUCGCGUUUCUCGAAACUCCUCUUGACAUGAACGCGCGUACACUGCGCUAACGACGUCGUAGGAUUGUAACUGUCUACUGACAAGGGGCUGAAAUGGGCUAUGUAGGAGGGGGAGACGCAGGAAUGUCUUAAAUUUAAAUUGUGUUAAAAUAUCUCCCCAUCAAGGACAACAGCAGAGUAGCCUACGAAAAAAAUAGACUGCAAUUAUAUGAAUGCUAAAGACAUAUAAACACAAUUGAUUAGGCUUAAGCCGACAUAUCAG